ACGGGGGUCCGUUAUGUAGGUCACCUAUUACUCGAUAAUCACAUAUAAGGCUCAUACAAUUGGGACAAUUUUUUUCAUGUAUACCUCUGAUGGAGGCCUUCAACAUGUGCCACUGUAUACAGGCAGUCAUUACCCAUCGGCUCACCUGGAAAAAGCUAUAUACCACCAAUAACAUAUCCGGACAUCUUCUAGCCAGACACUGUUUUGGCCUUGGUUGGGUCAAUGGGGGCCUAGGAAUACCUUUGGCGCUGCUCUCAUUCAGCCUGGACAGUGUGUAUUCAGUACCCUGUGUGUGCUUCUUACAGAAGGAUCCGGUAAGAGUCCCUCACCAGAGAAGUGUCCCUGUCCCCUGUAUCCUCAGGAUGGUCCGGGGGGAAAUCCCAGUGUCCCAGGAAAUCAGCAGGUAGAAGAAUCUGACAUAAAGAUGAUAAAGAAUCCUAAGUAGACAUCACUACAUGAAGCUGUACCUGUGUCUAGUGCAAUUUAUGUUACAGAUGGACGACCUGAUCGUUGUCAAAGUGGAGGAGACAGAGGGAGACGAGGAGUAUUAUGAGGCUGAUCUCCAUUAUAAGGAGGAGGAAACUCCCACCAGUAUCGGCACAGGUCCCUGCAGUGUAGGAUCCUCUCCAUUCAAGUUCCUUUUAUAAGAUAAUUGUCCUUCUCCUGACUGAGCACUCGAGAUGGACACGAGUCGCCGGAGUCACAAAAUGACCGAGCAGAUAUUGAACAUCACCCUGGAGAUCAUCUACCUGCUGACUGGAGAGGAUUACACGGUAGUGAACAAGUCCGGGGAGUGUGUGGCACCUACAUCCCAGCAACGUGAAGAAUGGAACAAGAACCAAAGUCCUGCCAUGGAACCUCCACCUCCUCCGCUGAUACAUCCUAGUGAUAACGAGCAAAAGAUCCUACAGCUCAUUAAUAAGAUCAUCCAGACGCUGACCAGAGAGGUCCCCAUACGUUGUGAGGACGUCACUGUCUACCUCUCCAUGGAGGAGUGGGAGUAUUUAGAAGAACAUAAAAAUCAGUACAAGGACGUCCUGAUGGAGAACCACCAGCCCCUCACACCACAAGUUGAAGCCAGUAGAAGUAAUACACCAGUGAGCUGUCCCGAUACUCCUCCUGAUUUUCCCGUGGACAGCCCUGAGAUUGAUGAACAGAUUAUUAUCAAGGUGGAAGAAAUAGAGGGAGACGAGGAGUAUUAUAGGAGCGAUCUCCCAUGUAAGGAGGAGGAAACUCCCGCCAGUGUCAGCACAGAUCUGCUAUUGGGUCUCCAGUCCAAUCCUCUCCCUCCAUCUUCAGAUUGUGAAGUGGAAUACUAUACCAUGCGAAAUAUUUUUGGCGAACACUUAAGUAACUCAAAUCUGCCCUUGGUCAUCCACAACAGAGAUCUCACGUCUGAUCCUAGCAGUCUCGAAGGCCCUUCAUCUGAUCAAUUAACUACUGCUGAGCAGCUUUCUUGCUUUGACGGAAGAAACGACAGCCAGUUCUCAUGCUUGGAGUGCAGAAAAUGUUUCACCAAUAAGACAAAUCUUCUUGAACAUCAGAGAAUCCACACUGGAGAGCGGCCGCAUUCAUGUCUAGAAUGUGGGAAAAGUUUCACCUGGAAAUCGAAUCUUUGGGAACAUCAAAAAAUUCACACAGAAGAGAAGCCGUUUGUGUGUUCGGUGUGCGGGAAAUGUUUUAACCAGAAAACGGGUCUUGUGAGACACCUGAGAAUCCACUCGGGAGAGAAGCCGUUCUCCUGUUCGGUGUGUGGGAAGUGCUUUAGAAAUAAACAACAUCUUGUGGAGCAUGAAAGGAUCCACACUGGGGAGAAACCAUUCUCGUGUUCAGAAUGCGGGAAAUGUUUUAGAAUAAGAAACAAUCUUUACGUACAUAAGAGAAUUCACACGGGGGAGCGUCCGUUUUCAUGUCCAGAAUGUGGGAGAUGUUUUACCCAGAGGUCAGAACUUAAUGCCCAUAAGAGAAGUCACACAGGGGAGAAGCCAUAUUCAUGCUCAGAGUGUGGGAAAUUUUUUACCCGUAAACGGAGUCUUGUUGAACACCAGAGAAUUCACACGGGGGAAAGGCCUUACCCAUGUACAGAAUGUGGGAGACGGUUUAACCAAAAGCAAGCUCUUGUCGUACAUCGGAGAAUUCACACAAAAGAGAGGCCGUACCGAUGUUCAGAAUGCGGUAAAGGGUUUAACCAGAAACAAGCUCUUGUUGUACAUCAGAGAAAUCACACCGGGGAGAAACCAUUUUCAUGUGCAGAAUGUGGGAAACGGUUUAUGCAGCUACAAACUCUUAUCGCACAUCAGAGAAAUCACACGGGGGAGAAGCCAUAUUCGUGCUUGGAAUGUGGGAAAUGUUUUGCCAUUAAAGCAAAUCUCGAUGAACAUCAGAAGGUUCACUCGGAUGAGAAGCCAUUUUUGUGUUCGGUGUGCGGAAAAUGUUUUAAUCAGAAAACAGGUCUUAUGAGACACCUGAGAAUCCACUCCGGGGAGAAGCCAUUUUCAUGUUCAAUAUGUGGAAAGUGCUUCAGAAAUAAGCAACAUCUGGUGGAACAUGAGAGGAUCCACACCGGGGAGAAGCCAUUCUCGUGUUCAGAUUGCGGGAAAUGUUUUAGAAUACGAAACAAUCUUUAUGUACAUAAGCGAAUUCACACGGGGGAGCGGCCUUUUUCAUGUCCAGAAUGUGAGAAGUGUUUUACCCAGAGGUCAGAUCUAAUGGCACAUAAGAGAAGUCACACGGGCGAGAAACCAUAUCCAUGCCCAGACUGUGGGAAAUGUUUUACUCGGAAACGAAGCCUCGUUGAGCACCAGAGAAUCCACACUGGAGAGAAGCCGUAUUGCUGUGCAGAUUGUGGGAAAUGCUUUAACCAGAAACAAGCCCUUGUCGUGCAUCGGAGAAUUCACACAAAAGAGAAACCCUACCCGUGCUUAACGUGUGGGAAACGGUUUAACCAGAAGCACGCACUUAUUGUCCAUCAGAGAAAGCACACAGGAGAGAAGCCGUACUCAUGUGCGGAAUGUGGGAAACGAUUCAUCCAGCUCCAAACUCUUAUCGCACAUCAGAGAAGUCACACCGGGGAGAGACCGUUUUCCUGUGCAGAAUGUGGGAAGAAUUUUAUCCAGAAACAAUCUCUUUUCGCACAUCAGAGACUUCAUACUGGAAAAAAAGCAUAUCACCAGAUAAUUGUCCAUUUGCUGACCAUCUACACCAUGGCGGAACAGAUACUGACCCUCACGCUGGAGAUCAUCCACCUGCUGACGGGAGAGGAUUACAUGGUAGUGAAGAAAUCUGGGUGUGCGACACGAGGAUGGAGCAAGAGCCAAAGCUCCGUCAUGGAUCCUCCGCCUCAAUCACUGAUAAAUCUUAGAGAUAAUGAGCAGAAGAUCCUAGAGAUCAUCAACAAGAUCGCCCAGAUGCUGAGCGGAGAGGAGGUCACCGUCUCUCUCUCCACCAAGAAGUGGGAGAAGGACAAGCACAAGGACGUCAAGGUGGAGAAACUCGAGCCUCUCACACCACAGGAUGGAUCCAGUAGAUGUAGUACACCAGAAAGCUCCCAUACUCUUCAUGAUUUUCCCUUGGACAGUUCGAAGAAUAAUCAGAUGGAUGACCUUGUUAUUAUCAAAGUGGAGAAUACAGAGGGAGACGAGGAGUAUUAUAAAGCUGUUUUUCCUAGUAAGGAGGAGGAUGCACCAGAUGUCCUAUUGAGUCUAGAGUGCAAUUCUCCAAGUUUAGUGUCUGAUUGUGAAGCGGAAUACUCAGAUCCACCUUCAGUCAAGAGCGAUUGCUCCUCUGAUCCCACUAAGCUCGAAGGAUCUUCGUCUGAUCAGUCAAAGACUGCUCAACAGCUUUCCCCCUUGGACGGGAGAAACAAGAGAAAUGUGAACCGACUUUCAUGCUUGGAAUGCAGAAAAUGUUUCCCCAAUAAGGCACAUCUUCUUGAACAUCAGAAAAUCCACACAGGAGAGCAGCCGUAUUCAUGUCUAGAAUGCGGGAAAAGUUUCACCGGGAAAUUAGAUCUUUGCGAGCAUAAAAAAAUUCACACCGAAAAAAACAAAUUUUUGUGCCCUGAUUGCGGAAAAAGUUUUAAUCAGAAAACAGGUCUUGUUAGACAUCAGAGAACCCACACUGAGGAGAAGUCACAUACGUGUUCAACGUGUGAAAAAUGUUUUACAACCAGGCAACAUCUUCUUGAACAUCAGAGAACUCACACCGGGGAGAAGCCGUUCCCAUGUCCCGAAUGUGGGAAAUGUUUCGCAGUUAAAUCAAAUCUUUUUUCCCAUCAGAAAACUCACACGGGGGAGCGUCCUUUUCAAUGUGCGGUGUGUGAAAAAAGUUUCAUCCUGAAAACAGAUCUUAUUAUCCAUGAGCGAAUUCACACAGGAGAGAAGCCGUACUCGUGUUCAGAAUGUGGGAGAUGUUUUAUCCAGAAACAAGCUCUUGUUGCACAUCAGAGAACUCACACAGGGGAGAAGACAUAUUCAUGCUCGGAAUGUGGGAAAUGUUUUGCAAUUAAAACAGAUCUUGAUGCACAUCAGAAGGUUCACACGGAGGAGAAGCCAUUUACUUGUCUGGUGUGUGAAAAAUCUUUCAACCGGAAAACAGAUCUUGUGAGACACAUGAGAACCCACUCAGGAGAGAAGCCAUUCUCCUGUUCGGUGUGUGGGAAGCGCUUUCGAAGCAAACAGCAUUUGGUGGACCAUGAGAGAAUUCACACCGGGGAGAAACCAUUCUCGUGUCCAGAAUGCGGGAAAUGUUUUAGAUUAAGAAACAAUCUUUACGUACAUAAGAGAAUUCACACGGGGGUCCGUCCGUUUUCAUGUCCAGAAUGUGAGAGAUGUUUCACCCAAAGGUCGGAUCUUACUGCGCACAGAAGAAGUCACACAGGGGAGAAGCCAUAUUCAUGUUCAGAGUGCGGGAAAUGUUUUACCCGAAAACGAAGUCUUGUUGAUCACCGGAGAAUCCACACGGGAGAAAAGCCUUAUGCGUGUACAGAAUGCGGGAGACCGUUUAACCAGAAACAAGCUCUUGUCGUACAUCAGAGAAUUCACACAAAAGAGAGGCCGUAUCAAUGUACUGAAUGCGGUAAAGGGUUUAACCAGAAACAAGCUCUUAUCGUACAUCUUAGAAUUCACACCGGGGAGAAGCCAUAUUCAUGUACAGAAUGUGAGAAACAGUUCAUCCAGCUCCCAACUCUUAUUGCACAUCAGAGAAGUCACGCUCGGGAGAAGCCAUAGUCGUGUGUAGAAGAGAAAAACAGACUGCAUAUAGGAGAAUUUACACAGGGCAACGUUUUAACCAGCCAACGUUUGUUGAACAUUGAAGAAUUCACACAAAAGAGAUGACUUACCCAUCUUCAACGGUUUGGGCAGGAAAAUUUUCUUAUUGUACAUAUGGGAAAUCGCACCCUGAAGAAGCCAUAGAAAAGGAGAAAUGUCUUACAGAAGAACAGACUCUUGGCAAUUCACACGUCAUGUGGAUUUGUAAGUAGGUGCAUGUUUUUAUAUUUUCAUGGUCAAGAGAAGACAACCAGUAAUGGCUUCCACAGGACCUGCUGUCAUUGGGUGCAAGUUCAUUUCCAACUCAAAGGUCUGAAGCUCACAAGACAUUAGCAUGCGAUUUAGACAGAAGGCAAGUCUUCCCUUGCCUAUUGACAUACAUUUAACGAAUGGUUGGACAGUGGAGUACCCCAUUUGUUCCGAGCUUCACACCAAAACUCAUUUACACUCUGCAGCUCCUUCAGGUAGGGGCUGCAGCAAUUAGGACUUACUCCAUGUAAUUAACCAUGGACAGAUAUAAUCAUGGCAACAUUUCUCCAGGUACAGUAUAUGUCUAGAGUUGGUUUUAUGUUUUUUUGCCCUUCUCUCCAGGUGAAGAGAGUCUGCAGAAGUCCUCUCAGUGCAUUCCGCGGCCAGUUUGUGGGUAUGGGAUGUGAUUUGACAUACAAAAAAACUGAUCUGGAGUCAACGGCAGGUGUUUUAUACAUGUGUUACUGUAUUUAAAGGGGUUGUGCCGUGAUUAAUGCAAAAAAAAUUAAAUGAGACAUCAUAUAGUACAUGACAAUGUAUUUCAAAGAAACUUAGAACCAGCCCUGGACCUCACAUGGAUCCAGAGAUCUCCCCAUUCAUUGCUGCAAUUGUUCUGCUAGAUUUAUUUCAAGCCGGCAGCUCAGGGAGAGUGUCCUUUCUGUAGUAGCUCAGGGUAACUGCUACAGCUUCUAAAGGCAAAUAUAUCUGGUGACAGUUGAAGAUGUAAACUGAACAUGUGUGACCACCUCAGUGAGAGGUGAGAAAUAAGGAAAAGAGCAAACAGCAGGUGGCGCUAUACAGAUAGAUUUUAGUGAAUAGCUCAGCAGCUUUACAAAAGUUUGAAUUACAAGCCAUUAUAAAAGCAUUCAGAUCCAGGUGCUGGUUUGAAAAUUUAAAAUGUGUUUCGUGCCUCAACCCCUUUGACAGAUUCCUUUUAAGCUCCAUGAACAAUAGUCAUUUUUGUGUAAGAUGCAUAGAUUUUGUGGCUUCUCCAGCCUCUGACUAUGAGAAUAGCAGGUAUGGGGUGUGUGAUAGGAUCAGCUAGGUUAUGGUUAUAUCGGUCUAUGGAACCUUUGGGGUGUAGACCUGUCAGAGCUUCCUUCUAUAUUAGCAGUAUGCGUAUAUGCCUCCUGUGGGGUAAUAAAGGGGUUAUCCAGGAAUGGAUAUUGAUCACAUCUCGUCGGGAUAGGUCCUCGUUAUCAGAUGGGCGGGGGUGUCGGGACUCAGAUAUUACAGGGAGCUGCCAUGCUCUGCUCCCGCAGCUUUCCAAGCACAGCGCCAUACAUUGUAUAGAGGCUGUGCUUGGUACUGCAGCUCAGCCCCAUUCAAUUUAAUGCCUAGUGCAGGACCCCGGGGGGAGGAGCAUGACACAUAUAUUCAAGAGAAAAUCCCUGCGUCAUGCUCAGCCCCCUGACACCCUGCACUAGUUUUGCCCUAAGUCAGGGAUAUCAAACUCAAGGCCCUCUAGCUUUUGCAAAACUACAACUUCCAUCAUGUCUGGGCAGCCUACAGCUAUCAUGGCAUGCUUGGAGUUGUAGUUUUGCACCAGCGGGAGGCCGACCUGUUUGACAUCCCUGCCCUUAUUGUUUCAUCUGACAUCUUAAAGAGCACCGCCUGAAAUGUCUGUUUUAGUAAAUCAUUGUAUCCCCCAUGACAUAACUGUUCUAGAGCAUCUGCUCUGAGAACUCUGCCUUGUGCUGUUCCUCUGUUAUUCCUCUAAUAACGUUAUGAACCAUUUGACAACAGGGUGUUACCAGUUGGGGGCGUGUCCUUACACGGUCUGAUGCUGCUCAACCAGUACCGACUGUGCAUGUUCACAUCCUGCCGAGAAGGGGAAUUAGUAACACCCGGGUGUCAAUCUAUUCAACAGCACAGUGCAGAAAUCUAAUGCGUAUUAUCGUAACGUAUUAUAACGGACAGGAGUCUUGACCGGCUCUCAGCAAGUACCUGGACCAGUAGGUUCCCCGUUUCCCUUGGACAGGAUCUGAUCCUGUUUUGGCACAAGUCAUACGGUUCUCACGUGAUCGAUUCAUAAAUUACAGAAAAAAAAAGACUCUUGGACUCAAAAAUUGCAGAAUUUGGCGAGGACCUGGAAAUUGUAUCGGCCUCUAAAGUCAUAACCCCCCAAAGUGUCUCGUAUUUUAAGGAUCAGUCUGUAUAUUUUUUUUAUAUUCCUGUAUGUUUUGCUCCUUAGAUAUUAUUUUAGAAAAAUAGAGUUUUACCUUAAUAAAUCUACAAAAAUGUAUUCAAAAAGUUACCGUCUGCUUCUUAACCGAGGUAUUAGGGUUGGAAGUUUUAUAUUUAGCUCAUUUAUUUUGUGGUCAUAUUAUGUGUAAAAACUGCAAGAAUGUGAUCAUACAUUUAAAAAAAUUAAUCUUUGUGACAAUGGAUGUAAGUGCCCAAA